AGAUGCAGCCUCGCCAACGCCAUGAUGCCUGGCACACAGCUUUCAGCCUAUGGUGAAUCUCUAUGACCUGGUCCAAGACAGCAARAGGUUCAGCUUACACCAACCUAUGUUCCCCAUGGCGCCAGGCCUGGCCACCAAUGCCAGCGCUGCGGCUUUCAACCCGUACCUGGGCCCGGUGUCACCCGGACUGAUGCAGCAAGAGAUCAUGCCUAGCCCACAGGUCCUCAUGGCAGGCCACCCCAACCAUGGACAGGUCCCCAACGCUGCUGCCGCUGCCGCACAGAAACUCAUGAGGACAGACAGACUGGAGGUGUGUCGUGAGUACCAGCGUGGUAACUGCUCCCGGGGGGAGAACGACUGUCGCUUCUCCCACCCCUCCGACAGCACCAUGAUAGACACCAACGACAACACYGUCACCGUGUGUAUGGACUACAUCAAGGGCCGCUGCUCCAGGGASAAGUGCAAGUACUUCCACCCUCCGGCUCACCUGCAGGCCAAGAUCAAGGCCGCCCAGCACCAGGUCAACCAGGCCACUGCCGCUGCAGCCAUGACUCAGUCGGCUGUCAAAUCACUGAAGCGACCCCUCGACGCAACCUUUGACCUGGUACUAUGACCUUUCACCUUUUAGCUUGGCAUGUGGCUUUGUUGUCGUAGUGCAAUGUCUUAACCCAGAUAUAGCUACUUUAAUUGGUUCUUGUUUGUUAUCUUUCCUCCUGUUGCUAUAUCUGUCAUUAUUUCCUGUGAUAAACUGAUUGUGGCUUCCUUCCCAGCUUGGACUGAAUUGACCAUCUCCACCAUGUUUGCGAUUAAAAACCCACCUCCCAAACAAACAUCAAUUGGACAUUUGGAUAUGGAAAUCUGUACAAAGGGCCACAAUCAAUUCAUCACCUAUAUCUUAUGUGAACAGCAGAAGAAGGGAGUUAGGGAGUGUAGCUUUUAACAGUAGAAGAAGAGAAUUAGGGAGUGUAGCUUUUAACAGUAGAAGAAGAGAGUCAGGGAGUGUAGCUUUUAACAGUAAGAAGAAGAGAGUUAAG